AUGAGUAGUGAUCUGCAAAGCUCUCAUGAAAACAUGAGUGAUGCGAGAUUGGUAUUGUUGCACUUGCAGGAGCUCUAUGGAGAGCAUAGUCGGACUGCUCGGUAUGAAAUAUCGAGAGAGCUCUUUAGGGCAAAGAUGAGUGAGGGUGGAGAAGUUGGAGAGCAUGUCUACAAAAUGAUCUCUAUGAUUGAGAGGUUGGAAGCUCUUGACUUUUCCAUGGACUACAACCUUCAGGUUGAUCUCAUCUUGCAGUCUCUUCCUGACUCCUUCUCUCAGUUUAUUAUUAAUUUUAACAUGAAUGAGAUUGAGUACACACUGGCUGGUCUUCUUAACAAGCUAGUAAGUACAUAG